CGCAUUGGUUUCCCCCUGGAUGCUGAACGGGACUUUAAACUCUUACCUUAAUGCCCAUGAGACCCUCUCGAUGGUCGAUAGGCUUCUGCUACUUAAACAGAUUACAGAGGGGCUCCAGUAUCGUGAGUGAUGGAUUGACUAUGGAAGUGACCGAUAUAAUUAUGUUGUCUGCAGUCCACGACCGCGACGUGAUACACGGUGACCUCACCGACAAUAAUGUUCUGGUCGCUGCCGAUGGAUCCCCUCGUCUUGCAGAUUUCGGCAUCUCAAAUAUCUUGGUGCAAACCAACCCCGCCUUUUCCUACCACACCGGUGCAGUACGUUGGGUCGCUCCAGAGCUCCUUGACCCCCCGGAAGAUGAGCCUACACAAUGUGCAACUAAAUCUACCGACAUAUAUGCUCUCGGCGGUAUCAUGCUUCAGGUCCUGUAUGGGAAACAGCCUUACUGCUGGCUGAAGACCGCCAUACAUAUUAUUUCUGCUAAGUUCGGACACAUAGAGCCCAUCGACUCCUCCAUCGGGAUCCAACCUAAUCACCUGGAUUUCAUGCGGCGGUGCUGGUCAACGGCAAAGGAGGGUCGUCCGUCAGUAGAAGAAGUGAUAAAUUAUCUUCAAGAAGCACUGUCGUCACUGUCAAAUGAGACUUCGUCUGUAUAGGGUCUUAGUUCUGAAGCCACCCUCUUUCUCGUCUAAUUAAUGUUAACUCCAGUUGUG